ACUCUACCGGAAAAAUCCGAUUUAAGGAUUAAAAACAGAAUUUGAACGAUUGAAAAUGUGUUUUAUAGAAAAGUUAACUCUUAUGAACUGUGUUUAUAAACAAGACAAUUUUUAGUUAAAAAACAACAACAACAACAACAACGGAAAUAUUAAAAGAUAAUUGUUUGAAUUAGUUUUUCGUACUUACAUAAGAAAGGAUUAAAACAUGUUUCAAAUGAAGGCGGACCAAGAAAUGGAUAUGGAUGAGUGCGGAAUGGACGCCGGUUACGAUCCAGAUGAGGACGAAUGCGAGCAACAUGAGGCUCCAACGGGGGAACUUACAGAAAGUCAAAAAGAGCACAUUAAAGAUUUAUAUGAAAAUUUUGAUAUAGACAAGUCCGGUACAUUAUCAUUAAAAGAGCUGAGAAAAGCACUACAGAUUCUUGGUUUGAACCCCACAGUCAAAGAUGUGAAAGACAUUAUGAAGAAAAAUGACGUUGGGCCAAAUUCUAAGGGAAAAAAGAAGGUCACAUAUGAAGUAUUUGAACAGAUCAUGAAGGAGGAACUAUUGAAACAUACUUCCACAGAGUUUGAUCUUUUGGAAGCAUUUAGACUUUUUGAUCGUGAUAAAAAUGGUACAUUAGACAGAGAGGAGCUAAAGAGAUGUUUAACUUCCCUCGGUGAAUGUCUAACGGACGAAGACGUGGACGAAGUCUUCAAUCAACUUGAUACUGACGGAAGUGGAACUUUGAGUAUAGUUGAGGUGUCACAACUACUGGCAUGAAGUGCUCGGACAAGUUGUUGCGACGGACAAAAUGGCUAUUACCCUCUAACACUUGCAGAAACUCAUUUCUCAUUUUCUUCCAUGGAUGUGUUGUUAUUCUCAUGCGCUAUGUAAACAUUUUGACGUAACAAACGUUCUUGAAAAUGACAAAAUUGGAACAACAGUUAUCUGUUAUCAUGUGCAUUUCUUUAAUGUUAAUAAAUUUAUCAUUAUUAUUACAUUUACAUGUUA